GAGGAAGGCUCAUGUCCAUGUACUUAAUUAUUUAGGAGUUGGUGUGUUCAUUGUGAGCCAGUAGAAGGACUGAUCAGUUAGCAGGGCUUUAUCAAGUGUUCAUCCAAUAGCAUGAUUCAAUACUGUAGCCAUUUGGGCUCCAACUCAGCCACGAGAUCUCCGCACGCAUUUCAAGCUCUCCUUUGUGGUGAUGGCUGAAGAGAUCCCGACAGCUCCAGAGAAACAUGAGCAGAGCUGUGGAGAGUUUGCAUUGUACGUGACCCUGAAAAUACUUGGUGUCUUGAUCUCGCUGUACUUCUUCCUCUUUGCUCUGAGCUUGAUGGGGGGUUCCUUCGGCGCUCUUGGUGGAAAGGGUGCUGGUGAACUCUUCACGAUUACAGACAAUCCAAUUGCAGGUCUCAUGGUCGGGAUCUUGGCAACCGUUCUGGUUCAGUCAUCCUCUACCAGCACGAGCAUUGUGGUGGGUUUGGUGGGUGCUGAUGUUUUGACUCCGCGCCAAGCGAUCCCAAUCAUCAUGGGUGCCAAUAUCGGGACUUCUGUGACAAACACCAUUGUGUCAAUGGCUCAUUCUGGAGAUCGCCUGGAACUUGAGCGUGCUUUUUCUGGAGCCACCGUGCACGACAUGUUCAACAUGUUGAGUGUGUUGACCAUGCUGCCAUUGGAGAUCAUCAUAGCUGCCAUCUCAGGAGAGGGAGGUUUGCUUUAUUGGAUCUCCAGGGGAUUGACAGAAGCUAUGCUGGGAGAGCAAGAGGCCGACCUGACCUUCCCAUCUCCAACCAAGGAGAUUGUCAGCCCGCUUGUCAAAGCAGUCUUGUCAAAAGAUAAAAACGUGGUGAAGGCCCUGUCCUUUGGUGCACCUUCUUCUUAUACUAUGCCCUCAGGCACCGGCACUUACUAUUGCGUGAGCUCAGCCAUGAGCAAGGCUUGGAAGAAGGUUGCCGAAGAUGGCUAUGAGGCCUUGACAAGCUGCAGUGGCUUCAGUGACCAAUGUCCUGCUGGCAGCAGUUGCUACACUGAUGCAGGAGACUACUACACCAAUGAGAUCGCUGGUGGCAGGCUCAUUGGCAAGGGCUUCCUGAAAGGUGCAGGUGAUGUGGGCGGCGGCAUCAUUGGACUCAUCAUUUCGCUUCUUGUGAUGUGUGGAGCUUUGUAUGCCUUGGUACGGUUGUUGCAGAGCCUUGUGAUGGGCCAGGCGAAGAAGGUGAUAAUGAAGGGCACCAAGAUGAACGACUAUUUGGCAAUCUUGGUCGGCUUUUUGAUCACAAUCCUAGUGCAGUCGAGCUCGGUCACCACAUCUGCAUUGACUCCUCUUGUUGGCAUCGGAGUUCUACCAGUACACAAAAUGUUGCCCAUGACUCUUGGAGCUAACAUCGGCACAACUAUUACCUCUGUCCUUGCUGCAUUUGCCGUUAUGAAGUUUAACAGCAUUCAGAUUGCCUUUUGCCACCUGCUCUUCAACAUCAUUGGUAUUUGCGUUUGGUUUCCUGCCCCCAUCAUGCGCAGGGUGAUUGUCAAGGCUGCUUGCACUCUUGGCUUCUACGCCUCAUAUUGGCGUCUUGUACCCCUCAUUUACAUCCUGGUCAUGUUUGUGGCCGUACCAGGUUUGUCCUUGGCCAUUUCCUUGCUCUAUGGUGCCAGUGUAGCCGGAGGUAUUGUGUUGACCCUUUUGGCCUUGAGCGGAGUGGCAGGAUUUGUCUUCUGGUGGGUCCGCUUGGGCGGGUGCUACAAGGUUGUGAGCCAGGAGGAGCGAGAGGCAAGAAAGGCCGAGAUGGAGGAGGAGAUGGGCACCACUGAAACAAAGGUGGUCGCAGUGGUACCCAGUGAAGCAUGGAACCCUUGAAGGCCCUUUUUCAGCCUUGUGCCCUAGGCUGGGCGGUUAAUUAAUUCUGAAUUCCUGCAACUCCAACCUUGUUGCAGGCGACUCAAGUGGAUGUUUGGUUUUUCAAGGCCUAUGGCCAGCCAAGCUCUUGAUCUGGGCUAAGGCAUGCUGACAGACCUUUCGUGAUUUAUAGGUCAAUUCAAGAGUGGAACCGGCAAUGGGUUGCAACUUAUGCAGUAAACCGUUUAUUGCCGCCCCUGCAUUUUCUCUUGUGCUUUGCGCUGAGCGAAACGCAGCGCAAGAGCAUUCUUGACUUUUGCUGAGGGCUUUGGAGAAGUUCCGUUCAGCAGUCGAGCUUCACUGAAU